UUUCAGAUUCUUCUUUCUCUUUUGUGAACGCUGCAGAUGAAGCAGAAGAACAGUUUCUGUCUUCUUUCUCUGUUUGGAGGCUGAAGCAGCAGAGCAGAUGGACGUUCUCCACAGCCAUUGGAUGUUGGUGUGAACCGGCAGAGUGUGAAGACAGCUGGAUGAGAGCCUGAAGCAAAAGCAGAGUCAAUGUCCCAGACAUGAAGAACCAGGACCAGUAUGGACGAUGUCACCUGGAGAGCCUGGUGCACGCUGCCCUAUCCAGUCUGGUGUUGGUUCUACUGGCACUGCUGGGCUCGGUCCACAGCUGUCCUGGUGUCUGCACCUGCUACGGUAACACAACCGACUGCUCUGCGGUCGGCCUUCUCUCUCUGAAGCCAAUCCUGGCACUGCUGGACCAGGACUGUCUGAACCUCCGCCUACCCCACAACAACCUCUCCUCCCUGGGAAAAACUGAGCUCUCCAACCUCAGCAGCCUGGAGCUUUUGGAUAUUUCCCAGAACCACUUUUCCUCCCUGCAGCCUGGAGCUUUCUCAGGACUAGGCAGCCUGCGGUUCCUCAAUCUCUCUGCUAACUACCUCGGGGUUCGCCUGGCAACCCCUGACCCCAACAACAGCACAGAGGUCGCCCAGGGAUUGAAUGGCAGUCAAGGCAGCAGCAGCUUGAGCAAGGAGGUGUUAAGGGGGCUGUGGCAGCUGCAAGGGCUUGACCUAUCUUCCAAUGGCCUCCUGUGGCUGCCCAAAGGUCUACUGGAUGGGCUUCAGAGACUGGUCUGGCUGUCCUUGGCCAGCAACCGGCUGGUGGCCCUGGACCGAGUCACAUUCGAGCCCCUUGUGGGGCUCCAGCAGCUCCAGCUGGCGGGAAACCCCUGGGAGUGUGACUGCAAGCUGAGAGACUUCAAGCACUGGAUGGAGUGGUUGAUUUACAGGGAUGGGCAGGUAGAUGCGAUGCAGUGCAGUCUCCCGGGGGAUCUGAAGGGCAGGGACAUCCGCAGCGUGCCAGCAGAGAUGUUCAGCUACUGCCUGCAAAGGCCGACCAGAGAGGGGGCUCCAGGUUACGCCACCAGGCCGCCCUGCCCGCCCGGCCGGAUCAGCAGUAACGACGAAUGCGUUCGCCAGCGUUACCGGCCUGUCAGUGUUCGCCGAGCACAUGGCACGCAAAUAGUUGCGGGUGUGAUUUGUGGCACAGUGUGCAUAAUGAUGGUGGUUGCAGCUACUUAUGGCUGCGUCUACGCCUCUCUGAUGGCACGCUACCAGAGGGAGAUGAAGAGUCGAGGCCAGCCUCUGAUGGCCGAGUCCGGAGCCGACACAGACCUGGAGGAUGGGCAAAUGUCAUCGCCGACCUCGCCAGAGGAGUCGCUGCCAAAAGAGGCCUGCGGCAUUGUGCAUGGGUAUCGAAUCAGCAGCUUCUGACCCGCUGCUUUUUACUGAUUUUCGAUCCUCCCGGGACGCUCCGGCUGCUUCUGCUCCUCAGCUCUCAUACAUGAUGAGAAAGCGUCUUGAGGGAGAAACCCUGUAGCUCUGUGAUUGUGCUGAAAACCUCUGGGCGGGGACUGAUCGUACAGCUAAUGGACUGGACUAGAUUCAGUGAAACUGGAAUGCUGCAGCACUUCUUUUAAUGUAUGGAUGCUCUGUGAAUUGUUAUUCCCUGCGCUGCAUCUCUCAGCCAGCUUUUAAACUCCUCUGAAGCUGCUGUUGGCACUUCUGCACCUUGACUUCACUUCAUCUGUGUUUUUGUUUCUUCCUUAGAAAUAUGAAUAUGUUCCAAAUGUCCGUAUGUAUCUGAGCCCAACAAGCACAAGCUCCAAAAGUACAAAUGUCUGUGAAUCUGUAAAAUGAUGUGACAUUUCUCCUGUUGUUUGCUGCACAUUGUCUAAUUUUCUUGAUCAGUUCUGUGAAUUUUAUGUUAUCUGUAACAUCUCUACUUUGACAAAUAGUUCUCCCUCUGUAAGGUAGAUGCCCUGUUCAAUUUCCUACAAAAUAGAAACUCUUUAAACCAAGUCUUGCUGCUGUCAGGGAAAUGCUGCUUUAAGCUUCAUCCCAGAGUUAAACUGCAUUCAAAUAUCACUAGAGCUUUACUGCUGCCUGGAGGGCAAGCUAUGAGCUACUGCAGCUUUCAGUACAACAAAACAGUUCAGACAUCAGUUAUUUUCCAGCAGAGCAA